AUGUCUGCCCUUCCAUGGCUAACUCUCUCCACCAUCAUCUGGCUCCAAGCCAUUGCCGGCACCAACACAGACUUCCCAGCCUACUCCUCUGAGCUCAAGUCUCGCCUCCAUAUAACCCAAUUCAAACUCAAUAACCUCGCCGUCGCCUCCGACGCAGGCAAGCUCCUAGGCUGGUGCGCCGGGCUCGCCGCCAAACGCCUGCCGCUAUGGGCGGUGCCGGCCAUCGGAGCCGCGCUUGGUGCCGUGGGCUAUGGAGUGCAGUUCCUUUUCUUCUGCCGCAAAAUCACUUCUCUCUCCUACACACAAUUCUUUUUCCUCAACGUGCUGAAUGGCAACAGCAUUUGUUGGUUAAAUGUGACGGGUUACAGAUCCGUUAUGCGACAGUUUUUGAGAAAGGAUCACGGCGCCGUUAUCGCGCUAACGACGAGUUACAUGGGCUUGACGGUGAAUAUCUACUUAGCUUUGGCUCAGGUCAUUGUUGGGAGAAAGAAUGCCGUGAGCGAUAAGAGUGUAUAUUUGUUGCUUAAUGCGGUGACGCCGGCGGCGGUUGCGUUGUUGGUUAUGCCGACGGUUGCAGCGAUGAGGGAGAAGCCGAGGGAUGUGAAGACCGGUCUUGUGAUAAUGUUUGCCAUUGCGGGGGUGACUGGGGCGUAUGCGGUGGUUGACACGAUGCUUCCGGCUGUGAGGAGGUCAUCGGGCAUAUGGCCGGCGACGGUUUUGUUGGUGAUGGUGGCGGUGGUGAUAGUGGUGCCGGUUUGGAAGGUGGGGGAGUGGGUAAUCGGAAGGGGAAGAGAGGAGGAGAGGGAUGGUGGAGAUGUAGAAGGAGGCGGGAAGAAGGCGGAGGAGACGGCGGUGGAGGCGGUGAAGGAGGAAAAUGUGCAGGAAGUGUGGGAGUUGGUGAAGAGAGUGAAUUUUUGGCUGUAUUUCAUGGUGUAUUUGUGUGGGGCGACGUUGGGAUUGGUUUUCGGUAAUAAUUUGGGGCAGAUAUCGGAGUCCCGAGGGGUAUCGGAUCAGACUCUGCUGUCUAUAUAUUCGGCUUUCGGAUUCUUCGGGAGGCUUGCAACCGCUCCGCUAUCGGCCUUCUCAAG